AUGUCUUCUCCACUUGAGGGUAAUGAGGCAAUGUCAUCUAGCACUCGCCCUCCAAGUAAUCUUAAUGUACAAGCACUAACAUCUUCAAGCCAACUUCAAGACAAUAGUGAUAAAAGUAAAGAUCAAAAUGAUGAGAAUUGUGUUAUUAAGAGGAAGAGGCAGAAGACAUCAGCUGUUUGGAAUGAUUUUAUUGAGACUGAAAUCUCUGGAGGAGUAACAAAAGCUAUUUGCAAAUAUUGUAAGAGUCAUUUUUCUCACAGUGGGAAGGUAGCUAGCACUAGUCAUAUGAAGAGACAUGCAGAGAAUUGCUUGCAAAAAAGAUUACACAUAGCCUCACAAAAGAAGCAGCCCACCAUUCCAUUUCAACCCUCCAACUUAGGAGUCAAUCCUUUUGUGACACCUGAUGUGAGAUAUUCAAAUGAGAAGAUGAGAGAAAUAAUUGCAACAACAAUCAUGGUGCACGAGUACCCUUUCAACAUUGUUGAGGAUGAAGUUUGGAUAUGGGGCUUCCAAUAUGCAAAUCCUGAAUUUAGCAAAGUGUCUUGCAAAAUAGCUAGAAGUGAUUGCAUAAAAAUUUAUGAGGCAAAGAAGAAAAACUUGAAGCUUUUGUUGAAAGGGUGGAAUCUUCAAAAGAGGGUCCUCAGUUUUGUGAAAGUGCCUGCUCCUAGACGCGGAAUAGAUGUAGCAGAUGCUAUUUUCAAGUGUCUCAAAGUUUGGAGGAUUGAAGACAAAGUAUUUUUUGUGUCUGUUGAUAAUGCUUCCUACAAUGAUUCAUGCUUGAGGAAUCUUAAGGACAACUUAUCACUCGAUAAUAAGUUAGUCCUUGAUGGAAAAUUGUUUCAUGUCAGAUGUUGCGCUCAUAUUCUAAAUCUAUUGGUCCAUGAUGGACUUGGUAGAAUAAAGGAUAUCAUUCACAAUAUUCGGGAGAGUGUCAAGUAUAUUAAUUACAACGAUUCAAGGUUGAAGGUAUUUUGUGAUAUUGUUGAGCAGAAGCACUUGAAAGAAAAAAAGCUCAUCCUUGACUGUCCAACGAGAUGGAAUUCAACUUUCAAAAUGUUGUCAACUGCCUUAAAGUUUAAAAUUGUUUUUCCAACUUAUAAAGAAAAAGAGCCACACUAUACUUAUGAACCAUCUCAAGAAGAUUGGGAAAAAGUUGAGAAAGUUUGUCAACUCUUAAAGGUUUUUAAUUUGGCCACUCAUGUCAUUUCUGGUAGUGAUUAUCCAACUGCAAAUUUAUAUCUUCCUGAAGUUUGGAGGGUUGAUAAAGCAGCUGAGGAUGAAGACUACUUUAUGAGAGAAAUGGUAGCAGUAAUGAAAGUUAAAUUUGAUAAAUAUUGGGGGGAAUGCAAUCUACUAAUGGCUAUUGCAAGUGUUUUGGAUCCUAGAUGCAAUUUUUAUGUUGUCAAUUAUUGUUUUUCAUUGAUAUAUAAACCUGAAUAUGUGGCUAAAGAGAAUGUGGAUAUGGUGAUGACUUCAUUGGAGAUGCUUUAUGAAGAGUAUUUUGAAUUGAGCAAGAAAGAGGCAUCUGCUAGCAUUAGUGGUGAAGUUGAUAAUAGUGGCAACAACUCUUCCUUCAAUGUCCCUAGUUCUGGCUUAUUUACUGGAUUUGAGCAAAUUAUGAGUAUUGUUCGUGAAAAGCAAGCAAUUCCUCCAAUGAAAUCUGAGCUAGAAGUUUAUCUUGAGGAGGGUCUUUGUAUUCCUGAUUCUAAUUCCAACUCUUUUAGUGCUUUGGAAUGGUGGAAAAAUAAUAGCUUGAAGUAUAAGAUUCUAUCAGAGAUGGCUGCUGACAUUCUUACUAUUCCGAUUUCAAUAGUUGCAUUAGAGUCCACAUUUAGUGCUAGAGGAAGAGUAAUUGAUGAAUUUCAUUCAAGAUUGAAUGAAGAAUCCAUUGCAGCACUCAUUUGUGGUGGAGAUUGGCUUCGCAACAAGUAUAAUUUGAAGAAAAUACAAAAGGUACUUGAGUUUCAAGAAGAAGAUGAGAUCAUUUUGAAGAUUUGA